AUGUUGCAGAUGAAUUACGUAUUUGAUGGGGUCCUGAAGCAGUAUGGAUUAACGAAAGCUUGGGUGAUACUAUUGGAGGAGGAUCAUUAUGUUUCUCCAGACUUCCUGCAUGUGAUGCGCUUAAUUGUUAAUAAUAAACUAGAAUACUGCGCAGAAUGUCAAGUAAUUAGUCUUGGCUUAUACCUGAAGCGGUAUAACAAUUUUGCGGAAAAUUUGGAUCGACUGGGCAUCCAUCCGUGGUUCAGCUCAAAGCACAACAUGGGCAUGGCCAUCAAUAGCAGCACUUGGGCACUGAUCAAAAACUGCACCAAAGUGCUUAGCACAAAAUGUUUGCCGACAAGGUUACGAGUGAUUGUGGUUAAGGCGCCGCGUGUGUUACAUGUCGGUGAUUGCGGCGUACAUACACAUCGUUGUGCCGCUCGCGAAUUGUUCGAGAAUGUAGCCGAUUCGUUGUUCCCUGAGAAAAUGAAAGUUGUGGAACGUAUGACACGAACGAUGAAGCCCUCGAAGGAGAACGGUGGUUGGGGCGAUACGCGCGAUCACGAGCUCUGCCUUAACAACUCACAUGUGCCUGAUCUUGCCGCAUAUGACUUCUAUUUGCGCAGUUCGGCUGGCGCGUUAAACAACAAUAACAGUAUUGCCAGCAGAAACGUUAGUCACUCAGUUAUAGUCCGAUUGUGA